CUGUCAACCAAUACCAGCACCUGCUACCCCCACCACACUGCACUACACCACACACUCAACAACCCACUAGCCAUCAUGUCGCACCCCACCACUCCCCUUCCUUACGACGCCGACAUCAAGGCUGUCCCCAAGACCUCUGGUCCCAUCAACCUCCUCGUCCACAUCACUGCCAAGCCCGGCAAGGAAGCAGAGGUCAAGAAGUACCUUCAGGGCGUCCGCGACUAUGCCAACUCUGACAAGGAGCCAGGCACACUCGUCUACAACAUCUCCCAGUCCAACGCUGGCCCCGAGACUUACAUCGUCUACGAAAUCUACAAGGAUGAAGCUGCCUUCCACCACCACACCGAUGGAGCCACCUUCAAGGAGCUCUUCUCCAAGGCUGGCGAGCUCGUAGAGGUCUUCCACAGCCGAUGGUACACUGAGUUCUAAGCGUCUUGAUGGACACUUAGUGGCCCGAGGAAGAGCUGUCCUCUUCACCCUGUCCCUACCCUCCACACCCAUACCAAAAGUCCAUCAACCUUAAAAGUCUCCAAUUCCUUGUCUUCAGUACCCAGUUCAGGUAUUCCCCCUCCCUCCCUGGUCACGCACCAAUGUCGUCAGUAGUAUCGGACUCAAGAAACAGAUUGAAGUCAAAUGAAAUCGGCCGGCUGUAACGCGAGC